AUGCUAACUACUAAAAUGCAUACUGAAAAAAAAGCUAUAUCACUUAUAGUUGCAGGCCUUCUUCCCAAAUUUGGAAUUGGCUUCGAGGGCCAAUUGCCAUGGAAGCUGAAGAGGGAAAUGCGCUAUUUCAGAUUAGUCACAUCUACGGCAGUAGCGGGUAAGAAGAACGCUGUGAUAAUGGGACGCAAGACGUGGCAGAGUAUCCCUCCAAAGUUCAGACCGCUGCCAAACAGAAUAAAUGUUGUCUUGUCAAGGACAUCGUCUUCAAAUGCCGCGAUACAAGAAGAAGUUGAAGGUAGUGAUACUGUGAUUGCAGACUCGAUGAGCUCAGCAAUCCGUUUGCUUGAUUCAGAAAAGAUCGAUCAAAUAUUUGUGAUUGGUGGAGCCGAAUUGUACAAUCAGCUUCUUUCGCUUCCAGAGACCGAGGAUUAUAGCGUUGAAAAUAUAUUUCUGACUGAAAUUACUAGUGAUAAGGACCAUGCCAUGGAUGCUUUCAUUCAAAUGGAUAAUACCCAAUGGAGAAAGGCCAGUUCAGCCGCAUUACAGGGUCAUUUGGAAAAAUACGAGCUGACUGGUUUCGAGCUAGAGAAUAAUGAGGAAGGGGAUUACAAAUAUGAUUUUACUCUGUGGCAGAAAAUUAAAUAA